AUGUUUGUUCAGAUCAAACAUCGGCAGUCUUCUGGCGAGCCGCCGGUGCUAUAUAAGCCGGGGGAGGCGACUACCCAGACACAGUUUCCGAGCCAUCCGAUCCGAUCGACUCCUCUCAAGAUGCGAUUCCUCUGCGUAGCGACCCUCGCCUGCCUGGUGGCUCUUUCCGCCUCGACAUCCACUCCCGCCAGUACUCCCGCGGCCAGUUCUUCCACUCCAACGGCCAGCUCUUCCACUCCAACUGCCAGCUCUUCCACUCCGGCAGCCAGCUCCUCCUCCACUCCUACCUCGUCUAACUCCACAUCCACCGCCUCCACCACCACCACUGAGGCCUCCGCCACAACCACCACCACCACCGCCGCCCACAAGAAGAAGCACAUCCACCACUGGAAGGUCCACCGCCACGAGAGUGCCAAGGUCCGAAGGGAGAGGAGGCAGCGUAGGAGGAACAGGGAGCAGUCCGGAUCCAGGAGACGCGGUUUCCGCUACUAG